UACUUCCUAUCAGUUGUACAUCUCUCUGUUCCGCGCUGUGGGCUGUUCUCUCGCAAGUGCGCCCGGACUGCCCCUCAACAUAGGCGAAUGCAUGAGUAAAUCUCUGCAGGUUGCUUGCUGAGGAUAAUUGUUAUACAGUGACUCCAAUACAUGGACUGACUCAGUUAUUUUGGAGACUUCGGAAACAUAAGAGAAUUGGAGCCGGACGAGACGUAUGAGGAUAAAAUAGAGACGUAUAUUUUUAUGCAUGGGCAUUAUGUGUACUUUACCCGCGAAAUAAAUGAUGUUCUUAUUUUUUAGUGCUUUUCUCGUCAGUCCGUUGACCUAUUGGAAAAACACAUACAUUUCGAAGAAGUGACGGGGAUUCAGAAUGCGUACUCUGUUCUUAACAGUUCUACUCGGAGCGGUCGGAGCUCUAGCCAAUAAGGAGGCCUGUAGCUCAGGUAAAUUCACCACCACUGGGGAGUGCUGCAAGCAGUGCCAGCCCGGGGAGGGAGUCAUCAAGCCAUGUGGAGCAACACAGACUGUCUGUGCCCCAUGCCUCGACAGUGAGACGUUUGCGGAGAACUUAAGCCACACCGAGACGUGCCAGCCGUGCACCCGCUGCGUGGGCCUCCUCCGCAUGCAGACGCCCUGCACCGACUCCAACGAUGCCAUCUGUGUUUGCGACUACGGCUACUACCUCAACGAGCUCUCCAGCCAGUGUCAGAGCUGCACCAAGUGCCCUGAGGGCCAGGGCAUGCUGUACAGCUGUGAACACGACCGCGACACCGUGUGCGAGGAGUGCACCAGAGAUACGUACUCUGACCAAGAGAGUUCGCGGGAGCCCUGCCUGCCCUGCACCAUCUGCGACGAGGACGACGAGCUGGAGAUCCAGGCCUGCAACUCCAUCAGUGACACCGUUUGCCAAGAUCUGAACCCGCCGCUCUUCUCCUCCACCUCACCCCCUCCCUCUGGGGGCUCGUCCCUGCCCUCGUUCACUGACGAUGACGCCCUCUUCCCCUACGGCCCCACGGAGACCGCCACCACCACCACCACUACCAGUACAAUCAAGUUCAUAGGUGACGAGCUGAACAAGAACCUCAUCCCCAUUUACUGCUCCAUCUUGGCAGCCGUUGUGGUGGGCCUCGUAGCCUUCAUCGUCUUUAAGAGGUGGAACAGCUGUAAGCAGAACAAGCAGGGCGCCAACAACUGCACAGCAAAUCAGAACCAGACUCCUUCGCCGGAGGGGGAGAAGCUGCACAGCGACAGUGGCAUAUCGGUGGAUAGCCAAAGCCUACAGGAGCAGCAAGGCCAGGGGCAGACUCAGGCACAGACAGUGGUCACUGUGGAUGAGGAGCCUUGUCUGCUCCUUCCCCUCCACACGCGAGAGGAGGUUGAGAAACUCCUCUACAGGGGCGGAGAAGGGGAGGGCUACGACCACACAGAGGACAGAGAUUGGUGCAGCCUGGCAGGGCUGCUGGGAUACCAGGAAGAGCGCAUCGCCACAUUCCGGCAGCAGGAACAUCCAGUCCGUGCACUGCUCUCUGAUUGGGCGAGCCAGGAUUGCGCCAGCCUGGACACGCUCUGCACGGCGCUGUGCAAGAUCAACCGCGAAGACAUCGCACAGAGCCUCGUGCUCAGCCCCAACACCGUCAAACCCACUGCCACAUCUGCAGUGUGACCAUUUAACCAUUACCGCCAAUGCUACGAAAAUCUCACUGCAACAUCACACCCAAC